AUGAAUCCGUCGAUGGAACCACAAGCAUUCGGCGCCGGCCGAGCUGGCUCGGCAUUCGAUGCAAUUGAAUUUCUGAAAAAGCCUCAAGUUAUCUUACGCAUUGUUGCUUGGGUUUUCGCUAUUAUUGUCUUUGCAUGUAUUGCACAAGAAGGAUAUGCAAAUAAUCAAUGCCGCUACAAUAAUUCUGGUGCUUGUGGAUACGGUAUUGCUAUUGGUGUGAUCGCAUUUCUUUUAACCAUAGCAUUUACCGGACUCGAUGUUUAUUUUCCAAAUAUUGCGAAUAUCAAAACACGAAAGAUCAUUGUGGUAACUGAAUUGAUCAUAUCAGCAAUUAUGGUGUUCUUAUGGUUCAUCGGAUUCUGCUAUUUAGCGGAUCAAUGGCGACAACAGGAUCCCAAAGAUAUGCCAGGAUGGAAUGGUCGCAAUAGCGUUCAAGCAGCUAUCGCUUUUUCAUUCUUCUCAAUUCUAGCUUGGGGCGGACUGGUAUUUUUCACAUUUCGUCGUUAUCGCGAAGGUGUCUCAAAUUUAUUCAGUUCAGGCUAUGAAGAUCAUUCGACAGGUGGCGGACAGACAUACGCUGGUUAUCCACCAGCCGGUAAUAAUCCAGGUAGCUUUUCUCAACCGCCAUUUACUGCUACUCAACAAGCACAAUCGAAUUAUCAACCGCCAGCCUACUAA